AGUCUGGAAGGUUUUCUUGAAAUCAAUUUUUUAAUAUUAUAUAUAUAAUAGGAAAAGAUUUAAUUUUAACUUUUGUGAUUUUUGCGGCAUUGUACGUCUGAAUGUAUUUGAUUGACAUGUUUUUGAUUUUUGUAGUAAAAUACAUAAUCGAACCAAUUGAACGAACUUAAUGUGUUGUUAAAAAUUCAUAAAUUAAAAAGUUUGCUUUCUGAAAUAGAAAAAAAAAUGUAACUUUAAAUAAUUUAUCUAAUCUAAAUCCAUUUUUUUUGGAAACAUGAUAGAAAUUAGCGCUAAACUUAUAAGAAAAGAAAAUGCUGCUUAUGUUACUGGUGAGAAAGUAGAGUGCUUUAUUGAGCUGAAUAAUAUUUCAAGUACCCUAAAUGGGACAAAUGAUUUUGAGCAUUUGGCUUGGGGUUCCGUGCAGAUACAUUGUUACAAAUGUACGAACUCGAAAACUGAGGAUGAUUUUGAUUAUCAAAAUGUGACUGCUUUGGGAAAUAUGAACUCUCAUGGAAAUCUAAUUACGUCAACUAAAGCGAAAAUUUUGUUUUGUGAUUUAAAACUAAAAAUUGGGGAAAACAAAAAAUACUUUUUUAGCGAAUUUAUACCAAGAAGUGGCCCUCCAACUUAUCGCGGGUAUAACAUCAAUUAUUUUUACAAACUGGUAAUUGCAACACAACGAGUAAAAUCUAAAGUAAAUGUUCUCGCAGUUCCAUUUAGAGUAUUGCCUGUUUCUAUUAUUGCUAAACGUGAAGAAUAUACUUCAGUAGAAACACAAGAAAAUUUCAAACCAACAAACCCAUUCUUAGAUAAAAAUGAAGUCACUGAGUUGGAACUUUCCUGGAACCAUUUAACUAAUUUAACAGCCCGUCGUAUGCCAAAAUUUUACAAAAUUACGAACAAAAGGGGAUACGUUGGUCGAUUUUGCCUUUUCAAAAACGAUUUUAAAUUGGGAGAAGAUAUUGUUGGCACAAUGGAUUUUACAGAAUGUGAAGUUCGCUGCGUUCAAUUUUCCGUUAAAUUACAACGUGAAGAAUUACUUAUUUCCAAUAAACCGAAAAAACUAGAAAAUUGGGAAAACCAGAACGUACAAGAACAUUCCCAGAAUACGUUUUCUGGUCCUGGAAAGUUAACAACUUACACAAAUCAUCAUGAAUUUUGUUUAUCUAUGAUUCAAACUCAAAUGAUAAUUCCAAUUCCUUUGACUGUAACCCCAACUUUUAAUACAAAGGAUGUUGAUGUACGAUGGAGAUUGCACUUUGAAUUUGUUACAAGUAAUAUGAUAGGAACUGAAAAUUCGAAUUAUGAAGACAACUGGAUUGCGCCAAGUGAUAUACCAGUUGAAACAAUGAUUUGGGAUUUGCCUAUUACAAUAUGGAGUACAUCGCCCCUUCAAAUAUGGACUCCACCAAAUAAAUUUUCUUUAAUUUUAAAGUAGUGUGGCGACAGUUUUGGUAAUUACAAAGUACAAUGAAUGGGUUUUUGAAAAAAACUGGAAUGUUUUUUGUCCUGAUUAUGUAAAAAUAAAGACAUAAAAACUAA